UCAAGUCUAUGGAUUAAAUUUUCGAUGCUGAAGAAAGCUCUCAUCGUUAAUGGCAAUGUUGAUAUAUCUAGAUUUGGAAAGGUUAUCGCGUUCAUGAAGGCUCAAAAUGUUAAUUACGUGCCGAAGAAAUCUAAGAUUUUGUCUGUUGAGGACACCCGCCAAUUUAUUUUAGAAGCUUCAGAUGAUUUUUUGCUCUGCAAAGUUGUCUUGAUCUUUGGACUGUAUGGGGCUUGUCGCCGAGAUGAACUACUUAAGCUAAUUGUGGAUGAUAUUGAGGACCAUGAGAAGUACGCUCUAGUAAAGUUGCAAGAUACGAAGACUCAUACAUCUAGAUCGUUUAUUAUUCCUGAUGCAAAUGGAUCUUUGAAUCCUUAUGAGAUUUAUAAAAAAUAUGCCAAAUUACGUCCUCUUGAUGUUGGAACGAGACGCUUUUUUUUGGGAUACAGAAAAGGAAAGUGCGUUGCUCAGCCGGCUGGUAUGCAUACCAUUGGUGGUGUACCGCGAAAAGUAGCAGAAUUCCUUGGUCUGGAUCACCCUGAAAAGUAUACUGGGCACUGUUUAAGACGAAGUGGUGCUAGUAUGGUUGCGGAAUCUGCUGGAAAUCUUCUGCCAGUAAAACAAAUUGGUGGCUGGAAGUCCUCAAGAGUGGCAGAGGGAUACAUCGAAGCGUCAGUGAAGAGCAAAAUGGCAGUUGCAGCAAUGAUACCCCUGGCGGGGCCUAGCAAUAUCCACUCAACGCCAAAUGGGGCUGUUGCAUCGUCUUCAACUGCUGGACUAAUGAUUAGUGGGAAUUCUAACUGCACGAUUGAAGUGCAUAUGUGUAAACAUAAUGAUUGUUCUUAAUUUUUCUUAUUUGUUGCCUUCUGCCUUUGCAUAUCUUUAAUAAAUAUGUAU